AUGGAAAAAUCAUUGAUAUCUGUUGGACUCUUAUUGUUAAUAGGAGCAGGUUUAUAUCUAAAAUAGAAUGGAGAAGAUCUAUAUGAAUUACAGAAAGUUAAACAAUUUAAUGAUUGGAAAAUCUAAUACAACAAAAAAUUUAGUAGUGAACAAGAGGAGAUGUAUAAUUGAUAAUUUAAAAGUUUAGGUAUCGUUAUUUAGUGUUCUAAUAAAAUGCUUAAUUAAUUGAGGCACAUAACAAUGAUAAAUCUGGUAAGUAUACAUAUACUUUGGAGACUAACUAAUUUGCAGACUUGACAGAAUAAGAAUUUGUAUAAAGAUAUUUGAGUUUGAAACCUAAGAAUAGUAUUAAAUCAAAAUCAUUUGA